ACAACGCCACGAUCGUGACAAUAAAGAUCCAUCUGCUGAGCUUCGACUCCGUCAGUGAGACGACUAUGGACUACACGGUUGACCUGUAUAUCAUAAUGAACUGGACGGACACGCGCCUGAGGUACUCACAGCUCCACACGAACUUCUCUUCUCUGGAGGUCGACUCCAAGUUCAUGGCCAACGUCUGGGUGCCGGACGUCUACUUCCGGAACGAGAAGAAGGGCUCGUUCCAUGACGUCACCAUGCCGAAUAAGUACAUGCACUUGCACCAUGACGGGACCGUACAAUAUAGCUUGCGGUUGUCCUUGACACUGAGUUGUCGAAUGACGCUGCACAAAUAUCCACUGGACACGCAGCACUGCCCGAUGUUGAUACAGAGUUACACCUACACGACCGAGAACGUCAAGUUCUUCUGGCACAAGGCCGGCUCGGCCGUGACCUACGACAAGGAGAUCGCCCUCAACACGGAACUGCCCCAGUUCUCCAUCGUGAGCAACGAGACGCAAGAGUGUAACGGCACCAUGGACUCGGAGUCUCCCCAGUUCGCCUGCAUCCAAGCCCACUUCACCCUCAAGCGAGAUAUCGGCUACUACAUCAUCCAAAUCUACGUACCCAGCAUCCUCAUCGUGGCCUUGUCCUGGGUCUCCUUCUGGCUCGACCUUGAGGCCGUCCCCGCCCGGGUCUCCCUGGGGGUGUUGACUGUGCUCACCCUCAACACCCACGGGUCCAACAUUCAGGGACAGCUGCCCAAAGUGUCCUACAUCAAAGCUAUCGACGUCUGGAUAGUCAGCAGCCUCAUUUUCGUCUUCGCCGCCAUGUUGGAGUUCGCUUACGUCAACGUGCUGGCCAGGCGCGCGGACAAGGAGAAGCAAGCGGCCCAGAAUGCCCGGAUACCACCGGAACAGAAGGACGCCAAUGUGGCGCUGAUCAACGGGAAACCCCCAAGACAGGCAGCAGGGGGGCAGGUACCUUCUCGUUUCCAGGCCAGGAGAGUGGACAAGUUGUCCAGGAUUGUCUUCCCCUCGACGUUCGCGGCGUUCAACAUUUUUUACUGGUUCUUCUACUACUACACGGAUUAACUCCCCUGUUUUGGUUGACGUGAGGGUACGGUGCACGCCGCACCGGAUGACACUAGCCGAGUUGGGUGACACCGAAAUGAAAAAAAAAAUGAAAAUUGCAAUGUGUACGGAAAAAAAACGGUGCUAUAUCGACUUUGAUCAAGAGCUGUUGAAGUUCUGUGCAUUGUAAAUCACACCACUAUACUACGUGACAUGGAUGGAGGAAAAUUUAAGAAAACCUUUUUUUCAAUUUCUUCACAAAAACGAAAUACUAUUGCUUUUAAAAAAUUGUACCUUCUUUAUCUUAUUUACAAUUUUUAAAAUAUUUUAUUUUGAUAGCCGUUAAAAGCUGGGUUGGUUUUUUUAUAUUUCUAUUGAAAGUAAUUGAUCAGACAUAAGUAAGUCCACUAGCUUGAUGCGAUGUGUUUUUAUAUAACAGAAUAGCUAUUGGCGAAUGUUGGACUCGAACCUGACGGUCCGUGUGGCAGGUGAAGUAGAGUUCACCUAUUUCAGUGAGCUCGGCAUAUGAAGGGAUAGUGUGGUCAGCACUAUGCCCAGCCGCCAUUGAAUCUUAGACGUGUAUGUAAUGUAUGUAGACCUUGU